AUGUCCGAAAUUUUCAACUCGGACCCCUUCGUCCCGCCCGCGCUGGCCGCGCCGGCCACGCGUACUCGUUCUGCGCCCUCGCACCGUCCUGUGUGGGAGCAGAACGAGAGACGGGGCUCCCUGCCGUGGCUGAAGGGGUGCGGCUAUGCGUUGCCGCUUUGCGUGACUUGGGCAGAAGUUGAGUUCUUCGACGCGCUCACCGCCAGCGCCCACGUCGCGCGCCGCACGGGCUCCCGACCGCGCGGGCGGGGAGGUGCCCGGUCUGUGCUGCGCGCGGCCUCCCGGCGGGAGGUGGCUGCUGCGCUGGUGGCGGCAGCUGAGCUCCCCUCGGCGGCCUCGGCCGAGAAUCAGACGUUGGGACUAUCCUGGCUGCCCAUUGAUGAGGACUUUGAUAUACGGAGCAUGAGCGUCACAAGCACGAGCGGCUGCGGCUUUCAAACGUGGAAGGCCCAGACUGAGCUGCCACCGAGACUGAGCUGCGCAGCCCAGACUGAGAAAGCUCAGGAGCCACAGACUGAAGAGAUUUUCGAACGUUUCGAGUCUGACAAGCAAUGGUCUGUGGACUUCAUCGUGUACCUCGCGCGGAUUUUGCUGAACUAUGAUCAAGGCUCUGCUGCGUGGUGGCACCGGGAGGUCGUCCCCACCGUGGACGCCACGCUGCCCGCGCGCGCCGCCAGCGCCGUGGAGCAGCAGCGCUGGCAGCAGCAGCGGGCCGCCAAGCUGCGGGACGUCUUCGCGGACUACGCGGCCAGCGUGGAGAUUGGUUUGAGAAGAUAUCAAGAGGAAGGCCGGCGCAAGUCGGGGCUCCUGAAGAAGCUCGUAGACCGCUAUGGGGAAACCCAGGAAGGCCGACGGCAGUUGGCCUUGGCCUUUACCUUGCUGGAGGACCCACCCACCCGGUCGGAGAACGAUCAGCCCCUGGAGUUGCUGUCCAGCCUGUUGAGCUCUUUGCAGCUGGACAACCGCCUGCAGGCGGUCUUUAGUCCCGCUUUGUCGGACUACCUGGCGAUGGACCCCACGCGCUUGCUGCCCAAUACCCAAUUCCCCGUCUGGAACGGCGGCUUGCAGCGGUGGGUGAUCCCUGGCUUCCAGAAGGCCCAACCUUACAAGAGCGCCUUCGACGAGAUGGACCAAGGUGCGGCCGUCAGCGUCUUCGGUGUGCGCGGCGCAGAGGUCGUCACCAAGGAGCGUCAGCUCAAUCCGCAAGACUAUGCGCUUUUUGCGCUUUCGGGCGCCUUCGGCUGCUCUUUGACCCACUCCUUGGUGAUCCCAUUGGAUGUGGUGAAGACCCGACUGCAGACGAGCCCAGGUCGCUUUAAGAAUGCGAAUUUGCUCUCUGGAAUGCAAGAGAUCUAUCAAGAAGAGGGCCUUGGAGGUCUUCUGGCUGGUUGGGAGCCCACCAUCUUAGGAUACCUUUGGUAUGGCAUCACAGUCUAUCCUGGCUACGAGUUCUUCAAGCGUUUGUUCUUGUCGCUCUUCCCCCAGGAGGAGCUUCGAGUGUUGCUGGUCUUGCUCAGCGGAGCUGUGGCCACAGUCUUUGCUUGCUUUGGCGUGUGCCCUGCGGAGGCCUGUCGGAUCCGCAUGGUGGCAGAUCCGGAGCUCAAUUCCUUGGGCCUACUCAAGGUGAUCCAGGUCAUCAGCGAGCAAGAUGGCCCCGGGGUCUUCUACGAUGGGCUCAGUACAUUGCUGGUACGUCAGGUGCUCUUUGGCAUGAUGAAAUUUCUGGUCUUCGACUACUUCGCAGACUUCGUCUUCGAUUUGCAGCCGGUGCUGGCGGAAAAGGUGGAGACGCAGCUCUUGGUGUCUCUUUUGUCUGGAGCUGUGGCAGGCAUCGCAUCUUCGAUCGUCUCCCAGCCGGCUGAUACCAUUCUGACGCGAAUGAAUCAGAGUGAAGGCCGUGCCUUCUUCUUCGACACGGGCCGCGAGAUCUGGGCCGAGCGGGGCCUCGGUGGCUUCUUCGCGGGGCUCGGCAGCCGCUCCGUUUGGGCCGCCUGCAUCAUCAGUGGUCAGUUCUUUCUGUACGACCUGUGCAAGAGCUUCCUCGGGGUCAAAGAUCUCCGCAUGUUUUUGAACGUGCAGGUGUAG